AUGAGAUACAAGAAAUCAGAGGAAAUGGUAGUUGCUGAUAUUUUAAGCAGAAUAUACACGGCACAGGAAUUAGAAAAGAAGAGAAUGAUAGAAUUAAGAAAAACAAAUCAAAUAAAAAAGAAAUAA